GAACCCCCACACGAAAACGCGCAUCUCUCUAUACUGUAGACCCCACACAAGAGCACCCAUCUCUCUCUUGCCUGGAAUGUGGAUGAAAUCAGCUUCGAUCGAUUUGGCCGGAACAUGUUCUUAUCUCUCUGUCUAUAUGUCUAUCUGUAACAACCCAUCAAUCUGCGGUUUUAUUUCUCUGCCAAUUCAUCAACCGAACCCACCAUGCAACUCUUUAUUGACUUGAGCCCUGCGUUUUCUGAACCUCUCUCCACAUCUCCUUUCCCCUAAAUCUCCUCCCUUCAAUCUACGCCUGAAUCUCCUCUCUUCAAGCUACGCCUUUGAUCCCUUCCCCGGAAUCUCCUCUCUUCAACUUACGCCUUUGAUUUGUGAUCUGUAAAGGAAUAAUGGCGGAAGGGAACAAUGGCUGAUGCCAAUUCAUCUUGCUUUCUCUCUCUAAGUUCUUCCUGCCAUUAAUAUAUGUUGGGUUUUCUCUCUCUUCAAUCCUGAUACUUGGGUUUGUUAUUUGAGGCGAGUCCUGAUACUUCAUACUAUUGGGUUUCUUAUUUGGGGCGAAAUAGUCCCGUCUGAUUUCCUGGAGCUUCUGGACCAGAGUAAUAUGCUUUCGAAUGUUCUUCUAUCUACAACCAUGGGGAUUGAAGCUUACCAGGACCAGGCAAAGUUAUUGGUCAAGCAUUAUUUACUUGCUGAGCCUUUUAUUCCUUAUACAUCUAUCAUCGGCUGCAUUUUUCUUUGCAAAUUGUUAUAUGAUAUCUCUAUCGUGGUAACUCCUUGGUACUUUAAGGGUUAUGCUGGACUUACAAAGAUCCAAUGCAUCGAAUGGAGCAAUAGGGUAAUCUCUACUAUUCAUGCCAUUUUUAUCUCAGUUAUGUCUCUUUACCUAGUGUUCUUCUCAGAUCUAUAUUCCGAUAAUCGAUCUGGUGACCUAAUCACAGUUCGGAGUUCUCCUCUUUCUGAUUUUGCAAUGGGGGUUUCAGUUGGUUACUUUUUAUCUGAUCUUGGAAUGAUUAUUUGGUUAUAUCCUUCUCUAGGUGGCAUGGAGUAUGUUGUUCAUCACUUAUUAUCAGUGGUUGCAGUAGCCUACUCCUUGCUGUAUAGGCAGGGACAAAUUUACACGUAUAUGGUUCUCAUUUCUGAGAUAACGACACCAGGAGUGAACUUGAGAUGGUAUCUAGACACUGCUGGAAUGAAAAGAUCCAAAGCAUAUCUCAUUAAUGGAAUCAUGAUGUUUUUUGCAUGGCUGGUUGCAAGAAUUUUAUUGUUUGGCUACUUGUUUUACCACGUUUAUCUUCAUUAUAUGCAGGUAAAGCAGAUGCCUUACUUUGGUUUCUGCCUUGUCUUUGGAGUACCUUCUAUUCUGGCCAUCAUGAAUCUGAUGUGGUUUGCGAAGAUCUUGAAAGGAUUGAAGAAAACAUUGACUAAGAGGCAUUAAAGACAUUUUCCUUCUGUUACCCUGAUAUCUUUUUCCUCCCCCUGUUUGCAUCUCACAUGCCUUCCCUUGUAUAGGAAUAUCCUGUUCAUUCUCUUUACUCUCUUAUGUACAGAGAAAUUGCUCUCUCUC